AGGGGAGCCUAGUCGAACUGAUUUGUCCCUCUCCGCUCUCCGUCUGAAAACCUUGGCGGAAAGGGUCGUAGACAUGGCGGCCAUCAGGAUGGGAAAACUGACAACCAUACCUGCAGGUCUAAUAUAUGCAUCUGUAAGUGUACAUGCAGUCAAAGAAGAGGAAUCCAAAAAGCAGCUAGUGAAACCAGAGCAGCUCCCUAUAUAUACUGCACCACCGCUUCAGUCUAAAUAUGUUGAAGAGCAGCCUGGUCAUUUACAAAUGGGUUUUGCUUCCAUCCAGACUGCAACUGGUUGUUAUAUUGGCUGGUGCAAGGGUGUUUAUGUCUUUGUGAAAAAUGGGAUAAUGGAUACAGUACAAUUUGGAAAAGGUUCCAAGUUUAAGAAAAUUACUUAUCCUCUGGGACUGGCCACUUUAGGAGCAACUGUUUGCUACCCAGUUCAGUCCAUAAUAAUUGCUAAGGUAACAGGGAAAAAGAUAUAUGCUACAAGCCAGCAAAUUUUUGGAGCAGUUAAAUCACUGUGGACAAAAAGCAGCAAAGAAGAGUCACUCCCUAAACAUAAAGAAAAAACUAAGCUAGGAUCCUCUGUCGAAAUAGAAGUACCUGCAAAAACAACUGACGUCUUGAAACACUCAGUGCCCUUGCCAACAGAACUCAGCUCUGAAGCGAAGACCAAAUCAGAAUCCACUUCAGGUGCAACACAGUUUAUGCCUGACCCCAAGCUCAUGGAUCACGGGCAGUCCCACCCAGAAGAUAUAGAUAUGUACAGCACUAGAAGCUGAAGUAGACUGCAUACAGAGACUACAUAGAAAACUACAAGAUGUGUGACGUUGCAAAUAAUGAUGAAAAAAAUCAUGUAAUGGGUAACUGAUACAUAGAGUAUUACUUAAACCAAGUUUUUCCCUUACAUAUCCAAAUGUACAAUUUGAUAAAUUACAUAAGUGG